UUACUUGACCAAUUUGUCACUAGUGGCGGCAAAAGAAAAAAAGUCCAUCUUUCUCAUAUUAAUGAAUUAUUUUUUGCUGACAACGAAAUUGAUAUGGUAGUAAAUUGCACAGAGGUUAAUGCUAGAGCUUUCAGUGGUGUGAUGGAUAACACGGUGUUUUCUUCACGUGGUCAAACUAUUUCAGUUUGGGCACCACAUAUUAAAACAAUACAUAUUCUAACUA